AUGUCGCCGAAUUCCAACCUGGUUCUUCAAGCCGACCGUUCUCUGAUCGACCGCACGCGCCGGGACGAGCCCACGGGCGAGGUUCUGUCCCUGGUGGGGAAACUCGAGGGGACCCGAAUGGGGGACAAAGCCCAGAGGACCAAACCCCAAAUGCAGGAGGAGAGAAGAGCCAAGAGGAGGAAGCGGGAUGAGGACAGGCACGACAUCAACAAGAUGAAAGGUUACACCCUUCUGUCCGAGGGUAUCGAUGAGAUGGUUGGGAUCAUCUACAAACCCAAGACCAAGGAAACUCGGGAAACCUACGAGGUUCUGCUCAGCUUCAUCCAGGCAGCCCUGGGGGAUCAGCCCCGGGAUAUCCUGUGUGGGGCGGCUGACGAGGUUCUGGCCGUGCUGAAGAACGAGAAGCUGCGGGACAAGGAGCGGCGCAAGGAGGUGGAGCUGCUGCUGGGCCCGGCCGACGACACGCGCUACCACGUGCUGGUCAACCUGGGCAAGAAAAUCACCGACUACGGCGGGGACAAGGACAUCCAGAACAUGGGUCCUGAACGAUCUCAAAUCAUGGGAAUUUUGGGAAUAUUUGGGAUUUUCCAGCUGGUGGCAGCAGGGGAGCUGAUGAGCUCCAAGAAGAAGGACCUGCACCCGCGGGACAUCGACGCCUUCUGGCUGCAGCGUCAGCUCAGCCGCUUCUACGACGACGCCAUCGUCUCCCAGAAAAAGGCGGAUGAGGUCCUGGAGAUCCUCAAGACCGCCAGCGACGACCGGGAAUGCGAAAACCAACUGGUGCUGCUGCUGGGCUUCAACACCUUCGACUUCAUCAAAGUCCUGCGGCAGCACCGGAUGAUGAUCCUGUACUGCACCUUGCUGGCCAGCGCGCAGAGCGAGGCGGAGAAGGAGCGGAUCAUGGGGAAGAUGGAGGCGGACCCCGAGCUCUCCAAGUUUCUCUACCAGCUCCACGAGACGGAGAAAGAGGAUCUGAUCCGGGAGGAACGCUCCCGGCGGGAACGCGUGCGCCAAUCCCGCAUGGACACCGACCUGGAAUCCAUGGAUCUAGACCAGGGAGGAGAGGCUCUGGCUCCCAGGCAGGUGCUGGAUUUGGAGGAUUUGGUGUUCUCCCAGGGCAGUCACUUCAUGGCCAACAAGCGCUGCCAGCUCCCGGACGGAUCAUUCCGGAGACAGCGCAAAGGCUACGAGGAGGUUCACGUUCCUGCCCUCAAACCCAAACCCUUCGGAGCUGACGAGCAGAAUCCCAGGAUUUUGGGGUGUUUUCAGGGCGCGGGGAAGACCAACGUGGCGCUGCUGUGCAUGCUGCGCGAGAUCGGCAAACACAUCAACAUGGACGGCACCAUCAACGUCGACGACCAAGAUCAUCUACAUCGCCCCCAUGAGAUCCCUGGUGCAGGAGAUGGUCGGCAGCUUCGGCAAGGUGGGGAGAUCCCUGUGCUGGUGUUCGUUCACUCCCGGAAGGAGACGGGGAAGACGGCGCGCGCCAUCCGGGACAUGUGUCUGGAGAAGGACACGCUGGGGCUGUUCCUGCGCGAGGGCUCCGCCUCCACCGAGGUCCUGAGAACUGAGGCUGAGCAGUGCAAGGACGAGAUCCACCUCCUCCACGACGACCGCGGGCCGGUGCUGGAGUCCCUGGUGGCCAGGGCCAUCAGGAACAUCGAGAUGACGCAGGAGGACGUGCGGCUGGUGGGGCUGAGCGCCACCCUGCCCAACUACGAGGACGUGGCCACCUUCCUCCGCGUGGACCCCGCCAAGGGCCUCUUCUACUUCGACAACAGUUUUCGACCGGUUCCUCUGGAGCAGACUUACGUGGGAAUCACGGAAAAAAAAGCCAUCAAACGUUUCCAGAUCAUGAACGAGAUUGUCUACGAGAAAAUCAUGGAGCACGCCGGGAAAAACCAG